UAUCUGAAUAGUUAUAUCAAUGCCACACGAUGUCUGGCAUCAAGAUUACUGGGCUGGUGCUUGGCACCAUCACAACGGUAACCGCGACAAUCAGUCAGAGCGUCGAAUCGCUCACAGGGUUGAAGUCCAUAAUUCGCAAUGCAUACCGCGAUCGGGUUGCUCAGUUCGAGGAAUAUGGUGUCGCCGCUUUCUUCCUCGAUACGAUGUUCCCGGAUGCCCCCCGCAUCAUGAGGCGUGUGGAACGCUACAUUCUUAAUGCAGACGAUCAGCAAGUCGUUGCUUUCAUGAAGCAAUACACAUCGAGCUUCAACAUGACCGGUGUCGCGGGUGCCAUUAUCUCACAGGUUGCGAUUACCGCACUUUCGUUGAUGCGCCUCCAAGACACCCACUGGACAGCGGAAGCUUUCUUUAUCACCAGUCUGGUAACGGGUGCCUUGUCGGUAUACUUCUCAACAGCACUCAGCCCUGCUUUUAACGGCCUGCAUAGCGCCGACGACAUCAAGGAUUUCUUAACCAAGCCUGCGAAGUGGAGAAAUCUCACCAGGCUGAACAACCACUUGAGACAUGCUGAACAAACACAGUCUUUGACCUCAGGACUCAGUCGCAAGCUGCCCCAACUGAUUGCAGAAGAGCGGUGGAAAGUACCGUCAGCAUACGCCGCAAUCAUGCUUGUCGUCCCAAUGACACUACUCAAUGUCGCGUUGAAUACCUUUCUAAUAGGAUUAGGCAUCUACCUAGGAAAACUAUACACUGCAGAGUUAGUGCCCUCAUACGGUUCAGGAUCCCUGGGCAUUCUCAUCGUCUACAUCGCAACCGCACUAUUUGGCAUCGGCAUAUUCUACACGCCUCAGAUCUCCAAGGCCAUCGAGGAUAUCCCGUUCGAGCGCUACCGUAGCAUCGUGCACGCGAACAAGCUCAAGAUGAGCGAGUCUGGUCAGGGUACGCCGGAUGUGAACGGCACAGAAGAAGCUCCGAUUGCACCGCAGAAUAGUUUGCAAUCGGUUCAUGCGAGGAAGAAGGGAAACAAGGUCGGGUACGAGAUUAUCGAGCUUUCGGAAUCUGAGAUGGUGGCGAGUCCUGACCCUUUGGAGGACACUGAUGCUCCAGACGAAGGUUACAUAAAGCCCCCACCUUCUUCCAGCGAAACGGAGCUACUAUCCCAUGUCGCCGAGAGUGUUUCAUCAGAUAAUGCUCCCAACGUCCAGGAUGCGCUGCGAGCGCUCAUCGAGGCUCAGGAGAUCAGUCUCCGGGCGAGUAGAAUACUCCUGGAAGCACUGAACAGGAGUCCAUGA